CGGCUGGGAGGCAGUGUGGAGCCAACUGUGUGACGAGCAGGUUUGAGCUGCACCGCAGUGUCACGUUGCUAACAGCGGGGUCAUGUGAUGGCACAGGUCAUGUUAGGGUAGCCAUGUGUCACGGAACUGGUUGUAAGAUGCGGCCCUGGAUUUCGUCGGUUCCCGCGCCGUAGCGAUUCCACUGUCUUGUGGACGACCAGUACGUAUGUCCGGGGCAUAAGGGUAUACGCCUCUCCGUCCGUCCGUCCGUCUAAUUCAAGUUAUUUUCGCACAGAAACUAUCCAGCGUAGGAUGUCCGGGGUGCCGGUGGUGGGACGGUAUGUGUCACGGAGCUGGAGCAGCGGGUCCGGGGCAGCCCAGCGGGGCGGCGGCGACCAGCGCCACCAACCGUCACCACCACAACGCCCCAGGUCACCCUGGAGGAUCCCUGCCUUCUUCAGGAGGAAGUUUGAGAUCGCUCAGCGUGGUGGAGGACGUGUGGCGAGCACAGCACCUGGAGAGAGUGAAGGGGGUGUGGCAGUCACGGAGGAGGCCUUCAAGGACCCACCUCCAACACUGAAGGAUCCCCAUAAGGACCCCAUGAGAGAGUCGACCAGCACCGAUCCUAUCAAGGACUUCGAAGCAACUCCGUCACCUUAUGAGGAGCCAGAGGUGUGUGCUCUGAGUGACGAUGGUGACAGUAUCCACCGCCGGCUGAUAAAGAGCUCUCCCAUUCGGCAGAUUCGGGAUGUGACUUUUAGAGAGCCUCGCUACCUAGAUCUUUUUGACCCCAGUGUCUCAGUUGUGAGGGAUCCCAAACUUGACCUACCAAAGCCUGCGUCCAAGAGCCGUGCCCAUAGCAUCUUCAGCCGCUUUCUCUCCUCCUUAGCCUCCACUAAGGUUAUCAUAGCUUGUAGCAUCAUCUUAGUGGUGUUGGUGGUUGUGAUAGUAACACUGGCAUCUACCUCCCAAGGAACAUUUUUCAGCCCUGAUCCUCGUAUCCAGCAUCCCCACGUCACCACUGUCACUACUUGUGGUCCUGUUCAAGGCACUAUACAGGAUGGAUCGUAUGUGUUUCGUGGGAUACCAUAUGCUAUUCCUCCGCUUGGAAAGUUGCGGUUUCGUCCAGCACAACUCCAGACUAACCUGAAUGAUUGCUGGACUGGAACCUAUGUGGCUAAUGUAACUCAGCCAUGCUGGAGCUAUGAUAGUCAGGGAGCUGUGGUAGAGGGAUCUGAAGAUUGUUUACUGAUAGAUGUCUUCACACCCCAACUUGGGUAUGACUCACCACUCCCAGUAAUAGUUUUUGUUGGAGGAGCUAGUUUGGGUGGAGACACACAAAGACCCUGGCUACUUACUAAGGCUGCAGGUCUCGCCAAAACCAAACGUGUAGUGGUUUUGUCACCACAGGUUCGUCGGGGACUUCUGGGUUUCUUCCCUCAUCCAAAAUUGGCAGCAUCAACCUACCCUCACACUGCAGGAAACCAGGGGGUGUCGGACUUGUUAACAGCACUCACCUGGGUGCAGCACAACGUAGAACAUUUUGGUGGUGACCCAGAGCAAGUGACGUUCUUGGGACAUCAAGCAGGAGCCGCAAUGGCAUGGCCGCUUAUUUCCUCACCUCAAGGACAUAGGCUUGUACAUUCUGCCUGGGUGACUGGCUCUGUACCUUUGUAUCCAGAGAUUCCAUGGCGUGAAGCAGACCCAGAACUGGUUGAUUCACUUAAUUGUUCAACUGUGAUGUGUCUCGAGUCCAUCCCAGCUCGUACUGUGAUGGAGGCUCCACCCCUGGAGUGGCGUCAUCCCCAAGGCCGCCCAUGGCUAUUGGCUGAUGGUGUCAUUGUUCCCUUUCUCCCGUCCAUGCCACAAGUGCCUCUCAUGAUUGGGUCAACUGAACAAGCAGCUGCACAUUUUCUGUUAUCUUGGCGGGAACGUCUUGGCAUCUCACAUCAGCAACUUCUUGAUGCAGCUGUUGACGGUUUGCGACUGAAUGAAGUUAAUUAUGGACAGCCAGUGUGGUCUGGUAGUCCUGCAUAUGGUCAUGUUAACUGGCCAGGAGAUAAGGGUGGUCAAAACGUCUGGCCUCAGCCUCCAAGAAAUGAUGAGAGUUCAGAAUUAGGCAGCAUAAUACCAGGAUCAGCAGAGGCAGAGGCUGCCUUGGAAUGGUAUUCUAAUUUGAAAGAUGAUCCUUGGCUUCUCCUUACCACUUUAGUAUCUGAUGCUACUGUUACAUGUCCUACCUUGGCCACUGCUGAAAAACUAUCUAGGACACUCUCUCAUAAUCAUCCCACUGGGACUGAAGAUGUACCUGUUUAUGCUUAUGUGUCACGCCAUGCUCGGGUUAGCCGAGCUGGAGCUGUGGCAGAUGGAUUGUCUGAUAUCGAGUCAAUUUUAGGAGUAUUUCAAUCUCAGACUGACAAAGAUGUCCAAUAUGCUCGCACUAUCCAGGACUUGUUUUUUUUCUUUGUGAACUAUGGCUCCCCAGAGUGGCAGUCUCCCACACCUGCUCACCUGGGAGUGUACAUGUUAGAUGGAAAUAUAAAUGUGGAACAUUCAAGACUCCAGUGUGAACAUUGGUCCAACUCCUCCCACUUAAUGAGAAGAUUUUAGUGAAUUACAAAUUCUAUCAAAUAAUUCCUUAAAGUAUGAAAUACUUUAUUCAUUACUUUGCUGGGAUGGACUCCUGAUACUUUCAAACUUUGUUUGCUUUUUUUCCAGGGGGAGGGGGGUUUAGAUUGUAAAAAGUUGAGUACUCAUGUGAAUAUAAAAAUUGAUUGCAUAGGUUUCCCCAGUAAAUUUUGCAUAGAUUAAAGUCUUCUGCUUUAUAAAAUAUUGUAGCUCAAUUUAUUAUUUAACUUUCCAUUACCACUGUGCCUUUUGAUAUACAGAAAUCAUUGCAGGCAAAUUUACAGUUUUCUCAAAGAUGGAUGCCUUAGUAAUAACCUGAGAAUACCUGUAAUGACAGUCUUGAAACCAAUGAUUUAGUACCUACCUCAAGAAGGUUCUCUAGCUAAUUAAUCAUUGGGAUAAUGACUUGAAAUUUGUGUAUUGCACAUAAAUAUGUUUAUUUGAGAGAUCUUUUGUAGAUUCUCAUAGUAUUAGAAAAGUGAAAUGACUACUGCCGAGCAAUAUAACACUGCCACAUUGCCUCUGAUCUCACUGUGACAUGUAAUGCAGGAACCCAAGUCUUUCAGCAGCUCGUGUCACAAGCCAAAGAUAAUGAGCUAAGAUGGUGGAUAAAGGUAGGCUGCUAAUUUGGGAUUAAUGUUCUGGGUUGAAGAACUGUACAUAAAUAUUUUAAAAGAAAAUAAUAGGUAAGGUUUUAUUGUUUUUAAUGUGUGAAGCAUAGCUAUUUGUCUGACCAAAUUAUUCUGCUUAAAGAAUUGAUAUAAGCAAGCAUCUGUGUGUAAUCAAGUCUUAGAUUGGGUUUAUCAGUAUUUUUACACUUAUUUUUAUAUUCCAUAACUACUCUCAGUAUAGUCAGUGAUAAAUGUAAUAAAGAUUAACAAAGGUAAUCUAUUUCAUUUCCAUAGAACAAUGACAAAAAAUUUCCCAAAUUUAAGCAGACCACCUGAACCCCUCUGACUUAGCCGAUACUACAAAUUGUAUGCAAAGAUUUAAGUUGAGUACUGUCUGAAUAUUUCAAAUUGUAGUUAAUGUUUUUAUUUAUGAAAAUGUAUAAUUAAGAAUUCGAAAUCAUGCAUGAACUCAUAUUGAGAAUCAUGUAAUUUAUUCAACUGAAGGCUGUAUAUAUA